AUGUCCGAUACUUGCAAAGCUGCAAACCCCGACGUUAUUGACCUAGGCGCUCGAGUCGCCAUCUAUUCAUAUGCAGGGUGUUCCGCUCUGCUAGGUUUCUUGACUCUUAUAGGCGCGAGCCAACGACGCCACAUUAUGGCCGAGGAAGAUCAAGAAACAUAUACUGAAAAGGUUAUUAAACAUAUCAACGAAGUCAACGAAGCUGUGGCUACAUCAACACUCACUGGAAUGGCACUCAUUAUCGCAGCAUUGGUCCACCAACAUUUAUUUCAUGGUCUCACACUCUUUCACGCUUAUAUUGUUUUGUGUUUGUUGUGGGUUGUUACACUCACGGGAAUGUGGUUCAUUAUUCAUGCUUGGGUAUUCGAUAUUCUUCGGGCGAGGAAAAGGCGCAUGGCCACUUUCUCGUUUUGGAAACGAAUCAUCGUCCAGUCCAAGUGGUUCACCCUUCAGUUCUGUGCUACUGGCGCCUAUGGGCUCUAUGUUACUACCCGACGCUCAGACUUUCUUCCGCCUGAUUGUGUCCCUGGCGUGUUCUCGGACCAAGUAUGGAGUAUCUUCCUCUACAGCUUCGCGGCAAUUCCAGUCCUGAAUUCAUGCAUGCUCUUCGCUAUUACCAGUGUCUUCGUCUGGCUUGCCUCGGUCCUAGUCACGAUGUGCACCCGUAAGGGAUGGAAGGGCGCCGUGGAUCCCAUCGUUUUCUGUAUCUUUUGGCUACUGGAGUAUAUCAUGCUAUCAGUGGCCUUGAUUGUCAUGAUCGAGAUACAGCUCAAGGAGAACACGUUCAACGACGAAAAUCAGUCCGCGUUUGGAAGUACCCUGGCUAUGGCGUUGGUAAUUGUUCCGCUCAAGGUUGUCGCAGUACGAAUGUGGAAAUUGUUGUAUGGGGAUGUUCCGCCCCCGCCCCCGACGCCUGCUCCGCCAAAGCACCUGGUGUUGAUCCCGGCCCAGUCUGACGUCUCUCACCCGCCCAGGACGUACAACCCAAGAAACUACCCAAAGAAUUACUCGAGGAACUACCCAAGCGAUUAUUCCAACGACUACUCCAAUGACUACCCAAACGAUUACUCCAAGGAAUAUUCAAGGGACUAUCCAAAGGAGUAUCCCAAGGAGUACGCCAAAGAGUAUUCCAAAGAGUAUUCCAAAGACCACCCGAGAGACUAUUCGCACAGCCGCUCAAAGGAUCGUUCAAAGGAUCGAUCGAGGGACCGUUCGAAAGAUAUGCCCAAAUCACCCACGACACCUCCUCCUCCUUCUUCCCCCAUACCUACGAGACCACCUAUCACAAAGCCUCCGUCUUUCACCAACCCGCCUUCCACCCCAACAAAGCGCCCUGCCACGCCCGUAAAGUCUUCUGCACAUGGGCACCCUUCCUCGCCCACAAAGCCACCCUCAAAGCCACCUUCGAGAGAUUACUUGAAAGCCUACUCAAGGGAUCCUUCGAGAAUUUCGUCCAAGGAGUCCAAGGAGUCCCUUAGGCCGUGUCGUCAGAAAGAGCCCUCGAAAAUUCCUUCCAAGGAGUCUCUGAGGCCUCCACAAUAUUACCCGAGAGAUGUUAUCAAGUCGCCUUCGAAGGAAUCAUUGAGAGAAGCUCGUCAUAAGGAAAGGUACCUUAAUGCCCAAGUCUAG